AUGAAGCGUUGCUGUUUUUCUUUUCGUCUUUUUUUCACCCCUCGCAUUGUCGAUAGUUGUCUUGGAAGGAGACGCUGCCCACCCAUUCCCUUCGCACCCCCCGCGCCCAUGAGCGACCGGAAGCCAAAUGUGAAGUUCGCGGACAUUAGCGAGGAUAUGCAGAAUGACGCCCUGAUCGUGGCGGCAAAAGCCAUUAAGGAGCACCAGAUGGAAAAGGACAUUGCCGCUCACAUAAAAAAGGAGUUUGAUAAGCGCUACAACCCCACGUGGCAGUGUAUAGCUGGUCGAAACUUUGCUGCCGAUGUUGUGCACGAGAGUAAGCACUUUAUUUACUUUUACGUUGGCCAGAUUUCAAUUCUGUUGUGGAAGACGGGCUGA